GUUUUCUCCGUCUUCUUCAUUGUAAACGUUGUCUCUCUGACACUGCAGCAGUUGCUGGUGGUCGUGGACCCUGUCUUUGCUCAGUAUCACAUUGAUAACUGGAUCGGAGGGAAGUGAUAAUUAAGGAAAAACAGAACGUUUUUCUCCAGCACGGAGGCUGUGGGUGGAGGUUUGGACUAAAGCUUCAGCAGCAGUCAGUCUGCCAGGCUGAGCUAAGCUAGGCCCGAGUCUGGUUCAUUAAACACUUAUGGACUUUGGAAAACAAGACUAACCAUCUCCAAAAAAUCGCGUGUGAAUGGAGCAGUGUGCGAGUACGGCCUCCCUGCUGGCCUCGGUGCGGGAGCAGGAGAGACAGUUUGAGAUGCUGAGCCGAGCUCUGGAGGAGGAGCGGAGGUCGUGCGCCGGCACCUUGCCCCGCCCCCUCCCCAACAUGCAGAACGGCCGCAUCCCUUGUGAUGCAGACAUAGAGCGAUUGACACUGAACGAGGGUUACAUCAACGGGACACAUCACUUCAGGAUGGAGCCUCAGAUGGUGCAGGAGACGUACACAGUGGAGGAAGACCCCCAGGAGUCUGUACCUGUCAUCUCUGUGGAGACCAGUGACGAUGGAACCACGAGACGCACAGAAACCACGGUUAAGAAAAUGGUAAAGACCACUACCACUCGUACUGUCAUCCCCUCUGUGUCCGACACACUUUCCCUUGAUGGCGGGGGUUCAAUGACCGGGGUUCCAGGCUACACUACUCCCAUGGACCGAGUCUACAGACCGGCACCAGGAGGUAUGGCCAUGGACUAUCCCACUCAUACGGUGCCCCGAAACUACCACUAUGGACCACCGGGGGUUUAUGAUGAUUACCAGGGAGGACCUCCAUCUGAGGCCUACGCAAGUCUUACAAGGGGGGCUCGCAGGGAUGAUCGCUACAGACCCGUUCAUCCAGAUGGAUACAGCACUCUGGAUCCAAACUACAGAGCUCCCAGCAGGAACCAACUAAACCCCUACGCUGCUCAGCCACAGGUUGGACGAAUGGGAAGUGCUAUGGAGCUGUCCUCCAUCCCAAGGUUUGUUCCAGAACCUUAUGGUCUGGAGGAUGAUCAGCGCAGCAUGGGCUACGAUGAGCCUGACUACGGGAUGGGACACCCAAUGCACUACAGCACUGUUCCACGCAACCCCCAUGCAUUCCCUCAUGGCCCCCCACGCAGAACUGGGAGUUAUGAGGGCACCUUAGAUGCUGACAUGAGUGGACCAGGGGACAUGUAUUACUGGGGAGGAGGAGCCCCUCUGGCUCAGGGUGAGAGAGGCAGCAUGGCAUCACUGGACAGCACGCUAAGGAAAGGUCCUGGUCCUGGUCCUGGAGGGUGGCGUCAGCCAGAGCUGCCGGAGGUCAUCGCCAUGUUGAACUACAGGCUGGACCCCGUGAAGAGCAACGCAGCUGCUUACCUGCAGCACCUCACCUACAAGAACGAUAAAGUAAAGUCUGAUGUGCGCCGUCUUAAAGGAAUCCCCGCUCUGGUCUCUAUGCUCGACAACCCAAACAAAGAGGUUCACUAUGCGGCCUGUGGAGCACUGAAAAACAUUUCUUAUGGUAAAGACCCUGACAACAAGAUUGCCAUCAAGAACUGUGACGGAGUUCCAGCUCUGAUCAGACUUUUGAGAAAGACCCGAGACCAGGACCUCACUGACACCAUCACAGGGACACUGUGGAACUUGUCUUCUCAUGACUCUGUUAAAAUGGAAAUAGUCGACCACGCAUUGCACGCCCUCUCAGAUGAGGUGAUGGUUCCACAUUCAGGCUGGGAGCAGGGGAGCAACGGAGCAGGAGGCGGCGAGGAGAACUGCAAACCCAGACACCUGGAGUGGGAGACGGCCCUCACCAACACAGCAGGCUGCCUGAGAAAUGUGAGUUCAGAGCGAAGUGAGGCGAGGAGGAAGCUGAGGGAAUGCACAGGAUUGGUCGAUUCUCUCAUGUACAUUGUCCAGUCGCAGAUUGACUGUAAAGAUGUCGACAACAAGUUAAUAGAGAACAGUGUGUGCCUGUUGAGGAACUUGUCCUAUCAUGUGCACCGCGAAAUCCCCGGCUGUGAACGAUACCAGGAGUCUGUGCCCAUCAACCAGGGACCCGCCCCUUCAAGCCAAAAGGGCGGCUGCUUUAGCUCUCGCAAGGGCAAAGGUAAAAAGGAUGAGGACGCGGUUACAGAUGUAAUAGACAUUCCAAAAAGGACCACGCCUGCUAAAGGUUAUGAGUUGUUGUACCAGCCGGAGGUGGUGCGUAUCUACACCUCUCUGCUGAAGGAGUCCAAGAACCCUACAGUCCUGGAAGCUUCAGCCGGAGCUGUUCAGAACCUGUGCGCUGGCCGUUGGACUUAUGGACGAUACAUACGUGCCCUGCUGCGCCAGGAGAAAGGUCUCCCCAUGAUGACUGAGCUGCUGGCUCAUGGUAACGACCGCGUGGUCCGGGCUAUGUCUGGAGCGCUGCGCAACCUGGCCAUCGAUGCACGUAACAGAGAUCUCCUAGGUAAACACGCUGUGCCUCACCUGGUGGCCAACUUACCUGGUGGUGGUCAGAGUCAGCCAGUGCGGGCCCUGUCAGAAGACACGGUGGUGUCAGUACUGAGCACUCUUCAUGAAGUGCUGGGCUCCAGUCUGGACGCAGCCAAGUCCCUCACAGCCUCACAGGGCAUCGAAAGACUGGUGCUGAUCAACAAGGAAGGUAACCGCUCGGACCGGGAGGUCCGCGGCGCUGGUGUGGUGCUGCAGACCGUCUGGGGCUACAAGGAGCUGAGGCGCACUUUGGAGAAGGACGGUUGGAAGAAGACGGACUUCAUGGUUAACCUGAACCCUCCCACCAACAACACCAGGUCCAACGGAGGAUAUGAGGACAGCACUCUGCCGCUCAUAGACAAAGGUGGCAAAUCAGAGCGGGAGAUGAUUCCAAUGAAUGACUUAGGACCAGAUGCCUACUCCACACUAGACCAGAGUGGACGAAGGAACACGCUGGACAACACACUCGAACCUGCUGACAAAGAUGCAGUACAGGGAGGGAAGUACGGUGAGAGGCAGACCUCUUUGCCUCUAGUGGAUUCUUACGAUGAAAAACUGAUUGUGUGCAUUACCAGACGACAGCCUCCUCCCACCUACUGCCCUUGUUAAAGUGACACUUGGGGGGGCAUCAGUACACUAGACAGGAUGAACUUCAUCCUUUCACACUCAACUCUCCUGUCCCUCCUGCUCCUCCUCCUCGCUCCUUCUCUGAUCCUGUAUUUCUCUGUGACAUUCCUCCACUGACACUCACACACUAAUUCAACCACAUGGAAAACCUGGGCUGGAUCUGGACAUCAGGAUGUGAUACUAUGACCACUUUAUUCCCUAACCAUUCAUUUUGACACUGUGGUAAAAAACAAUACAUCUCUACAACUACAACAACUGUAGGACUUUUCUGGGUGAUCUGCUGAAGAAGAGGCAGAAACAUCAUCUGAGGACUUUUUAAUUCAUUGCUAUAGACAAAUGAGACUACGAUCAGAAACUGACACUAUGGUGAAUUUUUACAUAAAUGCUAAUACUCUGCUUUUUCUCUCUCUUCCUUUCUCUCUCGCUGUGUCUCUGGCUUCUACAAAGACACUAUCUUUAAAAGUAAUUCAGAUCUGUCUUAACCUUCUGCUUCUGUGUUGGUUGUGGUUGCUGCUCUUUUUGUUCUGCUCUGCUUAGUAUCACAGUGAUGCACAUGUGCCAAAAGACACUGCUAACGCUGCGACUGCCAAUACUCGAUGAAAGACCUACAAACACGAACACAUCUUUUUUCCUAACAGCAGCUCAACUGAAACUUGUCUUGGGUUUUCAUCCUGUAUUUGACUGUGAUCUGUAGAUAUAACUGAGAACUGAGUAGCAGAAAAUUAAUUCUCCCCCUGUGGAAAAUAACAGUUCACUCUGUGCUCUCUCUCUCUUCCUCUCUCUCUUUUGCUUUCUUCCUUUCUUUAAGGUCUUAGUCUCGUUCUCUUUUUUCAUAUUUUGGGGGCAGUUUCAUUGUGUUCCCAGUUCCCGCCUUCUUCCACUCCAAAAUCUGUAAACCUUUAAUACAAACAAGAAGCAGUGGGCUAAAUGGAGUGCCUCACUCUGAUUGGUUGUUCAGUGAUCCUAGUCACCAGUCAUUCUCAGCAGGAUUUGUCUAAAAUAUAAUACCGUCUAUAGAACUCAGUGGUUUUCUAUUAAGCAAAAUAGUGGGGGACCGUGAACUUGUAAACAGAGGUGAAUUGUGGCAGCAGAAAUAUUUUCUAUGUGAUAAAAAGCUUCUUUAACAAUCCAGUGUUUUACCAAACUUCACAUUUGGCCUGACUUACAGGGUGUGUUCACACUUGUCAUGUUUGCUUUAGUAAAAGACAAACCUGGGAGAAACUCCCCCAUCAGUCCUCCUCCUCGAUGGUAUCCACUGAACAUGCACCAAUUAAAAAAAAAAUGGAUCCAGUUAUCUUCUAAAAAUACUGUUAGCCGUGAAUGUAGUAGUAGCAGACACUAUCUGACCAAAAGGUCGGUGUAACAAUCUUUAGUUUACCAUUAAAAAUGCAGCUCCACAGGUUUGAACACCCCCAGAGACCUGCAGGAGAGUGUGGGACACCAUGCAGUGUUGUCACACAUUCUCAGUGUAGAGAACAUUAUUAUUAAAACAAGCACUGGGCAGGGUAGGUUAGCGCCCUUCUCUCCUCCUCCCCUCGCUCCAGAAUCCCAUUUUCUUUUUUAUUUAAACAUUUUCAUUUCAUACAAAGUUAAAACAGAGAAAAAACGUUUCUCAAAAGUUGCCUUCAAGAGUGGGCUGACGAGAGUGGAGGAGUGAAGGUGGUAGGAAACAUAUGCCAGGAGGCAUAGACCAGAAUUUGAUAUUAAAAAUGAUUUAAAAAAAGAUAAUAAAUAAAUAAAUGAAAGCACAUUAAAACUAUAUAUACAAGAAAAUAUUUGUUAAUUUUAAUGAUUUGUUUUUAUAUAUUUUCUUCUUUUUGUGAUAUUCUAAUUUGGGUCUAAUUGUUUUGGGGACUCUGGGUGAACACGUAUGCAAUCAGUUUAUUUUGUGUUUUAGAUUAAAAACAUUCAGUAUAUGUGUUAAAUACAUGCAAAACGAGUUGGUUUAGAAAAAAAAAAAUCCACCUCCGCCAGGAGUCAUCUGAUACUGGAACAUUAAUGGAGAAAAAACUGUCUGAUUCUGGACUAAACACCUUAAUCUUUUUGCCUUGGCUCUUAAAAAGUUGCACAUUCUCAUUUAUGAUUAAAAUUACAUAACUAGCAAUACUGUUUUUAAUAAAAAGAAAA